AUGACGCUGAACGAGUACUUUUCGCGAAGCACACACCAAGGCCUAGAUGCUACUGUCGACUUUCUGGGCAAAAAUCCAUUCUCUCGUUUCAUCUACGCUGAGAUCGCUUAUUUGGACAAGUGGUGGACAAAUCUUUCCCCCUCAGUGCGGACCCUCUUCACUAAGCUUGUCCGCGAUGGUCAAUGGGAAAUCGCCGUCGGUGGUUGGGUCGUGCAUGAUGAGGCCCUGACUCACUAUGGUGCAGUCAUAUCGCAGCUCAUCGAAGGCGUCGUACCAAAUGUGAGCUGGGCAAUAGACGUGUUCGGGUAUAGUGCAACGGGCUCCUAUAUCCUACGCAAGGCAGGCAUUAAAAAUGCUCUCAUUAAUCGUGUUCAUUAUGAGGUCAAAAAGGCUCUAGCUAGAACACAGGACCUCGAGUUUGUUUGGCGCCAGUCCUGGGAUUCGUCUGGCGAAAUGGGAGUUUUUACACAUCUUAUGCCCUUCUACGCCUACGACGUUCCACAUACCUGCGGACCCGACCCAAGUAUUUGCUGUCAGUUCGAUUUUAUGCGAACCGUUUUAAAGUGUCCGUGGGGCGUUCAACCAACCCCGAUCACUCCAUCGAAUGUGCAGGCUCGAGCUGAAUUACUGGUGGACCAGUAUCGGAAGAAGGCAAAGCUAUUCAAAAAUGGCAAUGUUGUACUGGUGCCUCUGGGAGACGAUUUUCGCUUUUUGACUUCAAACGAGUGGAACCUCCAAACCUCGAAUUAUCGAAUGCUUAUGGAUCAUAUCAACGACAACCCGUCGUACAAUAUGCAUAGUGCUAGUUUUCCUGAUGGUAGUACUGUGAUCAAGGAGGCUAUGGUGGACCCUACGGACUUAGUCAUUCAAUCCUACACUUGCUUUUAUAUGCAGCUUCCACGAGAACAUGGAAUAGAUUUUACUCAAAAGGUUGGCAACAAUGUGGCGACUUCGCCUGUAUCGUUUAAACUUUCACGCCUCUAG